UCUGUGUUCAAACACUGCGCACUGCUACUCCAUACGACUCCCAUCCAGCUAGGAGGAAAAUCUGCGCAACAUGGAUUCCGAGGAAAUGUACAUUGCGGCACUUAAAGAAAAAGCCUGUGAACUGGUAGAAACUGCCAUGAGAAAUGCCCAGGACAGCCUGAGAAGCCUACACACGGGGCUAGGAGAGGAAAGGGUUAAAGAGCAGGAACAUGACGUGAAGAACAUCCCAUGGCUCUCGUGUCAGGACUUCACUGUGGAGCUGGGCAAGAAGCAAAUAGAAGAAUAUGUCUUGACAUGGGAAUUCCACGAGAGCUGGUUGUACUGCACAGAUUUCCUGAGAGAAGAAGAGACAGAGUUCAGUAAGCUGUUCCAUUAUAGGAUGAGAUGGAGCAUCCCAACCUGUAGGAAGCCAAUUCCCAGGGCGACGGCCUGCAUCUACUUUACUGUAAAGAUCUCCAAAAUUAAACCUCCCACUUUACCAGUUGAAGUUUUCUUUGUCUUCGAAUCCAACAGACUUGUUCACAGACCUGGAGAGACAAGAUUCAGAGAAAAAUGGUUGAAGGACAUCAUCGAAAGCAAGUUGAUAAUGAUAAACAGUAUUACAUUUUAAUGUAUUGCCCAACUCUCGGUAAACACUUUCAUGCCAAACUAUACAAUUGUAUAAAUAGCCACAGUGAGGCUGGUGUCACACACUGGUUUUCCUGGCAAUGUUGAGGUGUUUUGCAUUAUUUGCAGGCCGAGAAAUACCAUCUCCAGCUGUUCUAGGGAAGUCUAUGGGAAAGAUUAAAUGAAGGAGUAGUGGAGUUUUUUGACACUUGCAGUGUAUUUUUUUUUAUCGCAGCAUGCUCUGGCCAUGGCAUUUUUUUAUGGUGUUUUUGUGUGCCUUUUUUGUACCAGUGUAUUCUUCCCUGGCUGCUUUACACAGGAAGCGACAUUAUAGGGGGAUACGUAUUUUCAUACAUAUAACAUAAGCCAUACUAAAAAACGCCAUGUGCUCAAACACACUUUUUUGGCUAAAAACACAAAAAUGCCUCAAAAAUGCUUCCAGGAAAGUUGACAAAUCAUCUUUUUUUUUUCUGAGAUUUUAAUACUGACGACUAUCCUCUGGAUAGGUCGUCAGUAUCUGAUCGGUGGGAGUCCUGGGACCCCCCGUCGAUCAGCUGUUUGAGAAGGCAGUGGCGCUUUUCCUAGGCUGGUGACGACACGUCCAUCGGUCACGCGGCCUAGGCGCAGCUCAGCUCCAUUCAAGUGAAUGGGGCUGAGCUGCGAUACCAAGCCCAGCCGCUAUACAAUGUACGCUGUGAGACGGCUGCGUCUAUCACUGUUCUCAGACAGCUGAUCGCGGGGGUCCCAAUCAGAUACUGGCGACCUAUCCUCAGGAUAGGUCAUCAGUGUUAAAGCCUGGGAAAACUCUUAUAAGCAAUUCUAUGUUAUUUGUAAAAUCAGUGUUGUCUGCUGUAUGUGGCAAUAUUACUGUAUUUUAGAUUUCAUCCGAUUAUUCAUCCUCUGAUUAGUAGAACAUAUCGUAAUUAGUUAAGUCAAAAGUAUAUGCCGUCUGCUGGCAGAUUUGUGGCACACCCUGCAUAUUGCCAUGAGAGCGCUAUAGCAGGUUAUAACAUUAUAUUGUGGAAUGUAUAUUUAAGCACUUGCCUAAUAUAUUAUAUAAAGUGACUCUAAUUUGAUAUGGAGGAAAAAGUAUGUAUGAACUGUAAAAGGUGUAAUGUUUCCAAUGUCAUUUUAAACCUCAGGAAAAAUUAAGCAACUGUAAUGAGUUAAUUGCAGUCAUAGAAUUAAAGGGCACGUCCGACUUUAGAAAAAAAAAAACAUUACUACUUUCUUCCAAAACAGCACCUCACCUUUCCACAGGUUGUGGGUGGUAUUGCAGCUCAGAUGCAUUCACUUCAGUGGACACAAGCCAUGGAGAAGUAUUGGGAAAGUAGUAGUGACUUUCUUCUUCCUUAUUCCUCAAGUAUGGGGGGAGCGGGGGCUGGUUACCAGCUGACCCGAGAACAAUUGUCUCCUGUAAUCAAUGUCUGUAAUGGGGAGUAUGUGGCAGGAAGGACUGAUAAGCAGGCGGU